AUGGCCACAUCCACCAAGUACUAUUAUCUCCGCCGCGCUGUUCAUGCUCUGCCGCCGUAUUCGUCAACCGCUCUUCGAUACCCCGCCAAGUACACAACCAAAAUUACACUUGCGCCUCUAAACGUCGCCAUGCCGGGACUGUGUUGUCACGUCUACCUCAAGUUGCCGCGAUUUUCAAUUCCAGCCAAUGUUUUAAACGCCCCGGAGCUACGAAUCCGCCCACCCGUUCCACCAUAUCCCACCACCGCCAAAUGCCCUUCGUCCAUGUCUCAUCUGGCAUUCCAUACAUUCCUACAAUCGGUAUCCAAGCAACCAUCGGCCCACCACUUCCCACAACCGGCCGGCCCGCGGAUCAUGACCACGGCAUGA